UGCUAUUUUCCUCAGUGCGGGGGUGGCAUCCCCCCCCCGCAGAAACACCUGGAGUGGGGGAGGGGUUGGUAUUCCCCACACACGCACCUGGGGUGCAAUCCCUCCCACAAGCACAGCUGCGGUGGGGGAGGAACUGGGGUGUCCCCCCCCAAAAAAAUGUCUGUGGUGGGAUGGUGUGUACCCUAUGCAUACACACAGUUAUAGGGAAAGUGCUCCCCUCCCUGUAGCUGGGAUAGUGAAGGCAGGAACAGGUGGGGAGUAGUUGUGUGCCUUUUUCUUUUUGGAGAUUAAUGGUGUUGUAAACCCACUAGUGUCCACACACACAUACACAUACACAUAUAUUUACCUGGCACUGCAGGGAGGGACUUGUUUUCCACCCAUGCCUACCUAUGAGGAAGAGGAAGGGCUGACUGGCCAAGAUCCAGCACCGUGAGUGACUUCACUACUUUCAGUUCCCUUGUCUUGUCAGCACUGAGUGGAUUCCACUUCCCAUCCCUUACGGUAAGGGUUGGGCCACUUCCGCAGCUGGGCUUGUGUGUGACUGCCCCGCCACCUUGACAUUGCUCAUGGCACUGAAGGCCGAAGCUCCCCUCUUGGAUUACCUCAAGACCUCCUUGAAGUGCAAAAAGGAGAAAGCAGCUGCAGAGACUCUUCUGCCCCCCCGUGCCCCAGUCCGGCCGGAUGGACCCCGUGCAGCUCCCAUGGACAGAGCUCCAGGGGAGCAGCCAGUUCCAAAUCCAGUGAUUGGGGUUGGCCAAGAAGAGGCAGGCAGCUCCUGGAGCCAGGAAUAUCUAAUCGCCAAGAGCUCGGGGCGUGGCCGGCCAGUGUGCAUGGUAUGCGGUGGCGUCCUGAGUGCGUCGGGGGCUGUGGCAGCCCGUAAGCACAUUCUGCAGCAUCACGCUCACUCGCUGGACUUCAGCCUGGAAGAGAAGCGCAACAUCCUGGAGGCUUGGAGCGAAGGGGUGGUUCUUCCCAAGGGAGAGCCGCAACCAUCCCCUGCAGGCAACCGCAGCAAGAGCAAGCAGCCAGCCGAGAUAGAAGUGCUCCUUGAUUCGGAGGAGCAGCCAGUGAGUCGGAAACGUGGGCACCUGAAAGCACGCUGUGAGGUUGUCCGUUUAGACCCAGAGCAGCAAUCACAAGGUCAGGAGAGGCGGCACAGCUUGAGCAAUGCCAGAGACACAAGAAGCAAACAGCCCAGCAAGACCACAGGGAAGGAAUGGCUCUCUGAGUGUGGGGUGCCAGGUUCAGCGCCUGCUGAAAUCCGCAUCUUCACUGAUGGAACCUUCCCAGCUGGCUUUGCGUUAAAACUGUACUGCCGGACCCAGCCAGAACCGCUCCAGAACUCUGAAGCUAAGCCAGACCCAAGGAAGAGAACAGUGGAUCGCAACUGCUCCGUGUCUCUGCUGCGGCUCCACUCCAUGGAUUGUUCCCACCAGCUCUGCCCACAACGGGACACCGCCCCUCGCGCCCUUGGGAACUCCCCCGGCACCAAUGCGAAAGACUGUGACUCCAAGCUGCGCCAGCAGAAGUCGGUGGCGGGCAAGGAGGAUGCCUCUCUCCUGGCCAAGGGUUUCAACCCCACCUGGCGCGCUCGCUUCCUCAUGGACUUCGAUGCUGCUGCUGGCCACCUGGUGUGCAUGGUGUGCGAGAACCCGCUGCGGCGUGUCUGCCUGGCCAGUGUCAAACGCCACAUCCUCCAGUGCCACGCUGAGACCCUUCAUCUCCCUCGUGAGGUCCGCCGCACGAUCCGGGAAGUGUGGGAGAGCCGGGGCCCAUCCCCCACCCAAGCCCCGAGGAAGUGAAGGAGGAGGGCCGGCCCUUCCUCAUCCCACCCUGAUAUGUGACAGGGCUGAGAGGCAAAGAACUGCCCUGCCCCUGUGCCACUGCACGUUGGGGUGGCGGUGGAGGAGGAAAGUUCAGGCAUCCCUCACUAAGCAGGGCAGGGUGGUUAAUUCUUCCUCUGUUGGAUUCCCUGCCCAAAGGGUGCCGGGUUCUCUUGUUGAGUUUUGUUACGAAAGCACGCAAGGAGUUGAGCCCGCAGUGUGGGUCAGUCCUAUCCCUGCGCCUUCUCUUCUUCCCCCAUCCACCCCCUGCUGCCCCAGUUCACCUUCCCCUCUGAUCUACUAGCGUGAUCCACUACCGUGGGGAAAGAUGGGAGACUGGAGACAGCAGGUUUGUAAGGCCAGGGAAACAGCUGGCUGAAGAGUCACCGCUGCCUUGUCCCGAAAGAGGGGAGGAUCUCCAAGUUGCAGUGUGCCCCCCUCUGUUUCUCCCCAAAGAUUUGCCUCUGUGUGUUCCCAGAGAGCAUGAGGUGUAGGGGAAGUGUACCAGAAGCCAGGACUCUGCCCGACUGGGGACUUGCCUUGUCAAAUCGGUCAGCUUCCACACCAGCAGAACGGCCAAGGAUGCCUCUGUCUCCGGCCUUGGCAAUUGCUGUGUUUUCCCUGCCCCUAGAAUGAACAGGGCAGAAUACUUGGACCUCAUGCAGCCAACACACACACACACUCAAGGUCACAGGCGGUGGGAAGAAAACGGAACCAUCAUCUAGGCCAGGACCUUCACAGGGAUGGAUUAUACAAAAGGGAACUAUUAUACAAAGGGACAAUAAAUUAUUUUUAUGAUA